ACACACGAUGGCGCCUUACCCAGCCGCUCCGGCGGCGCGCGGCGCUCAGGGGACGCGUCAUCGGCCUGCGCCGCGUGGCUGCGGCUGGAGGGGCGCCUGAGGGGAGGCGCCGCCGCCAGGGGGCUUGAGGCGGCCGGGCUGCGCCGCGGGGAGGAUGCUGAGCCGCUUGCAGGAGCUGCGGAAGGAGGAGGAGACGCUGCUCCGGGUGAAGGCGGCGCUGCACGAUCAGCUCAACCGGCUCAAGGUGGAAGAGCUGGCCCUUCAAUCUAUGAUUAGCUCCAGAGAGAAGAAUGUAAUGGUCUCUCCACCAGGUAUCACAGAGGAGACUCAAAAAACUCUUGGGCAGAUGGACAAUGAGGCUGCUAUCAAUCAAACUGAAUUACAGCUAAGUAUUCAAGACCAUGAAGAGGAAGAGGAGGAUGAAUCGGACUCCUGAAGGGGGGGGGAAAAUGGGAGACAGCUGGUGUUAUUUAUCCUAGACUCAGGAAAUUCCCCUUUGUUCAAGCAAAACUUCCCAUGAGAUUCUACUUGGUGCUGUACACAGACAUGAACUACAUAAAUGAAUGAAAAUUACUCUUGGAGGGUUCCAGUGAGGUUAGACUGGUGGCACAGAUGACACAAGCUUGUCAAAAUCUUGUUUUGGAUGUUAAAAGAAUGAAAAGUUGUUCCACAAAUAUGUAGCAUGAUCCCUUUUACAUUUAAAGCCUAAAAUGUAGUUUACUACUUGUUUGUAUAUAGGUGGGAAAAGUUAAUGUUGUUAACUAAUUUAGUUCACUAAAGCAAUAACUAUUCCAACUGUAAUUCCACAAAAGUAGAGAUUAGGAAAUUAAAGUGAUCUAGGAAAUGAAAAAUGAUGGCCCUUCCAGAAUUCAUGUAAUGUUAUACUAAUAAGUUAGUGUUGCACUUGUCAGUAGACAAAGCAUUUCCUCUCCUGAUGACUUGCAGAUACUAAAUCACUGCAGCUGAUUCUUGUAUCAUUCCUUAAAUAGAUGUUAGAAGGCAUAGAAAACCAAACUUGUGUUAUGCUGCUAAAAAUAGAAAAUAAAAGUAAUAUCUUAACUGA